AUGGAUGGUCUCGGCCACAAUAUCCAUGAACUCUGCAUCUGUUUUGUUGCGGUUCUCUGGGGUCGCAACGAAUACGUUUACCCAUACUAUGGGACCUCGGAUGUGGCAUCUCUCAUCGGUGUGGAUGCCCUUGUGGGUGAACAUACCUUCUUGGGCCAUAUUGGAUCCCUUUUGGUUUGUUACUGGAUGGAUUGGGAUUUGGUGGAGGAGAAGGGUUUCUUUGCUAUGGGAGCCACUGCUAACUCUUAG